UUAACAUUAAUAACAAAUAAAAGUAAAAGUACAAUACAAAGAGAUUAAAAAAAUAAAUACGACGUGAGCUUAAAGCAAAUGCAAAUUGAACAAAAUGUGGCGCAUUCAGUUGAAAGCAAAAGCCAAAGAAGUGGCAACAACAACCCAGAAGUCAAGGCAAAGCAAUUAAAAAGAACGUUGCAAACAAGUAAAACAAAUAAAGGCAAAUAAACAAUUAAAGAAAAGUGCAUACAAAAUACGAGUUCAAAAGCUCUACAAAAGCAGGGAAAAUGUCAGGCGUUCAGUUAAAGGACUCCGCGUUAAAGGCUAAAGAAAAAAGCAACGAGCCAGCGACAACAACAACAACAGCAGCAACAACAAUAGGAAAGAAAACUUUAACCUCGAGCGCGGCUUUGUCACUGUUUGAUCAGCUGAAAAACGGCGUCAAUUUGAGCAGUUUGACAGUUGGCGGCGCCACAGAAACAACAAAAGCAACAGCAGCAGCAGCAGCAACAACUGCCUCUGCAACAACAGCAACGGCUGCAACAUUGGCACCACCCGCUACACCACCGCCAAAUAUUGACUUAAAGCCACCGCCAAAGCCGCUCAAGGCAUCGACGGCAACGCGCACAUUUAACACGCCCAUUUUGCUGCCGCCCACAAGCAGCAUUGGCAUCGUGCACGGCACCAAACGAGGCAGGGACAACGGCAACAGCAACGGCAACGACAACGACAACUGUGCAGCGCCUGCAACAUUGUCGCAUUGUCGGACUGCAGCAGCGGCAGCUGCCAAAUUGGAUAUCAACGCAUUGCGAUCUCAGCUCUAUCAGGGCGCCAGAAAGACUGCAACAACAACAAAAACAACAACAACUGCAACAGCAGCAACAUCAACGAAGCGAACAACUGCAACAACAACAACAACAACAGCAGCAACUCGAGGAGAUCGAGGAGGAAUCAAAAAGAAACGCUGCCUGGAUCGUUACGAUUCAUCAGAGUCAUCAGACAGGUAAGCACAGGGUCCAGCUGUCAUUUGAAUCUUUGGCUCUAAUUUCGGAGGGAUUUUGUGCACGUGUCAUUGUUUUCCUGGUUCCUGGUUCAUGGUGUCUGUUGUUCCGGUUCGACUUUCAGCCGUAUAUUGCUGCUGCUCGUCAAUGCUUGUUGAUGUAGCUAGAGGAACCCCUAAACCACUUGAAUUGUUUGCUCAAAUUAUUUUGAAUUAUUGCAUGCGCCGUCGGCUCAUUUCCACGCGACUUUUGUUACACCCUGUCCGAUCCCCCAGGGGAUGUCAGAGAAUCCUCACCACCACCAAACCCAUCGCCAUCGCUAUCGUCAUCGGCAACGUCAUCUCCAGCACUAGCACUAUCAUUAAGAGCAUCCAGAAAUGUUGUUGUUGGGUUCUCAACGGUUAAGUUCUAUUGCAUCCUGUUGGGUUUAUGUUUUCCCUCGCAAUUCUCAAUUCUACUUAUUUCUUGAUGUGGCGUGUCCUUGAGCGCAAAUGUUGCAUUUGCUGCUCAGCAUGUG